AAGACGAGGUCGGUGCCCGCCUGCCACGUGCCCAGUCUGAGCGACACUCUCGCGGGACUGCUGGGACUCAGACGCGGCAGCGAGGUGCUCGAGGAUGUGGUCCCGACGGAUUCCACAGAGGAAAAGCAGAGCGAUACAGUAAAGGGGCAGAAGAGGAAAUUAGAAGAAAUGUCGGAUGAAGCCAGUGACGCUUCUCCUUUAAUCCUCCAGCCUCUAAAAGUGAAGAAAAUCAUCCCAAAUCCUACCAAAAUCAGAAAAAGAAAGGAAAGCAAAAGUGCUCAUCGACCGUUUAAGAUGUGCUCCAUGAAUGCAGGUUACUACAUAGUGUGUUUGGACAAAUGUGGAUUAAGUAUAUUUAUAUUUUCUUAGGUCUAUGUAAUGGUUAUGGAGAGGAAAAAGACCAGAGAUGAAUUCUUUUAUAUUUUGGAUGCUUUUAUUCAGUCAAAUAUCCAUGCUGGUAUACCUUGAUGUAUAUUUUUGACAAUUAGAUAUUUGGGUGGACUUUGUCAUGUUUGUCAUGGUGCUGCUGGUACUUAUUCCCAUCAGUUCCAACCUGCAAUGGAGUUCAAUAAAAAUACUGUCUUCAGAAAGAGAAAGCUGAUCAUUUAAAACUACACAAUUUGACAUUUAAAAAACAACCUCUCUGAAAUAAGGCAAGUACUUCGGGCGUUCUCAGCGUAACCCAUAAGUUCUUAAACCAUACAGAUUGGAGAAAAAAGUUUCAUGCUCAUUUCAUACAGC